GCGAGGCAGUCUCGGCCGCUCUGCCGUCGUCGUCGGCCGUUAGUGCCGUGCCGUGCCGCUCCCGUGCCGUACCCGUGCCGUUCCCGUGCCCAGUGCAGUUCUUGUGACCGAAAUGCAGUUGCCGGCAACAAGCCGGCCGCAGUGAGACAAACGCUUCAGGAUGCACGCGGUGGGCCUGCACUCGGCGCUGGCCAUCCGCCGCGAGCGCAAGCGUCGCGCCGAGCAGCAGCGCGCGCGCGAGCGACGCUACUCGCUACAGUCCUCAGAGUCGGGAGUCACCUCCCCGCACUGCUCCACCGGCAGCCUCGAACGACGCCGCUUCAGAAAGCCCCACCCCACCGAGAAUGAGGUCGUCUCAACGGUCGGUAUGCUCCACCUGGGCGUGGUGUUCCUGGUGCUCGGCCUUUUCCUGCUGGGCUCCGGCUUCCUGCCGGACAACGUCACGUCCUGGAGCACCGUCGGUUCUGUCAGCUGGUUCAACGAACUAGUCUGUUCCGGGAUGUUCGCAGUGGCGAUCGGCGUGUUUCUGAUCAUAUUGCACAAAUACUUGAUGAAGAGCGAGGAAGAUGCACUAGAGGACUACGUACAGAGGCAGCUGACGAGAUCUCGGUCUGGUCACCGACUGGAGCGUGACGCGGAGACAGGUGGCAUGCGCACGAAGAACGCCCGGCGAGCGCGCGCCAGCGAGGUGCUGCCGGAGACGGUGACGGAGACGUACACGGAGCCGCCGCCGGAGCGCGCGCACGGCUUCGUGAACGCGCUGGCGCUGAACGGCGACGCCAUGCGCGAGCUGCCGCUCGAACAGAUCGUGGAGGAGGAGGUGUCGGUGGCGUCGGAGGGCGGCGCGCGGCUCGGCAAGUUCAACAAGGACACGUACUCGUCGCCGUCCGUGGCGCCCAGCCUCAGCCCCGGCUCGCCGUCCGACACGCGCGAGCUGCUCUCCGACGGACGGUACAUGAUCAUGUCGCGCAUGUGAGCCACCUAGAUCGACAGUUCGCACAUUCCGAGCUCUCCC